UGUAAAAUUGUAAAACACAAACAAUACCGAUGGCUUCUUCGCCGUCUUCUUCUUCUUCCCCUUUACCUCCGGCGAUAAAGAACGGCGAGUAUAGAAACUGGGCAGAGCUUCCGGCCGAAAUAAUUUCAUCGAUCCUGCACCGUCUCGGCGCGAUCGAGAUACUGCGAACCGCUCAGAGAGUAUGCCGAUCAUGGCGACGCGUCUGUAUAGACCAAUCGAUGUGGCGUACAAUCGACAUGCGUGUCCCAAGAAACUUCGAAGGCUUGCUUCAAGAUUUCGAGGUCAUGUGCCGUCACGCCGUUGAUCUCAGCCAGGGAGGCUUGCUCGAGAUCGAAAUUGACCACUACAUCACAACUUCUCUCCUCACCUACAUCGCCGACAGAUCAAGUAAUCUGAAACGCCUUGGAUAUGUUGACCAUGAUCCAGUAAUGAGCAGUGGAGUUUCCCAAGUAGUCAUGAAGCUCCCAAUGCUUGAAGAACUUGAGCUUUCAUAUGUGUCAAUCAGAGAACAAGAUUUGAGAGUUGUAGGCCAGUCUUGUCCAAAUCUAAGGACGUUAAAGCUAAGCUGCGUUGGUAAUUUGGGGUGUUGUGACAAGGUUGCUCUAGCAAUAGCCGAAACAAUGCCCGGUCUUCGCCAUCUGCGGCUUUUCAGGAAUGGAUUAUCGGACACGGGAUUGAACGCCAUUCUUGAAGGUUGUCCUCGCCUGAAACACCUCGAGUUACACAAGUGUCUAAACAUUAACCUUGUUGGAAAUCUGGAGAGAUGAUGUUUUGAGAUCAAGGAUUCAAGAUUUGAGACUCCCCAAAUGGCUCAACCUGCUGAUUACAUCAUUCACGUUGGAUUCUUGGCGAACCUAAGUGGACAUUCUAUCAUAUAUCAGAAUCUUUGCUAUUACUGUAAUGUACAAAUGAAUUUUCCCUAUGAGAAACUGAGAGUACUUCAAUGUAAAGCUAGAUUGUCCUUAAAUAAUUUUUAACUAUAUA